ACAAGGACGCUCUGACACAAGAUUUCACCUUUAAUUUGAGCAACGUCAAGUGUUUGUAUUUGUUUAUAAGAGACAUUAAGUUGUUUUAUCUACCGAGAAUCUAAAGAUGCCUCCCAAACCUCUGGAGCCUCUGGCCAAGAAACUCAUGAAAGGAGUGAUCGCAUUGGAGCUGCUGGGCGUCUUCGGGGCCUACGCUCUUUUUCACAAGAUGAACAACAGUCAAGAUUUCAGGAGCACAAUGAACAGGAGGCUUCCAUCAGUCCUUGAAGCUUCUCUUCAGAUCAUGUCAGGGUCUGAAAACGAGUUUCUGCUCUGUUUCCUCCCAGUUUACUACCAGUCCAACGAGUGGGCCGGCGUCUACGGCAUCCGAGAGAGAGACCACGAAGCCUGGGCGGCCAAACAGGACUGAAGGUGUCCGUCAUUUUACAGUCCACACAAAAACGCACAGCGGCUACUUCUUCUUCUUCUUCCCGAACAUCUUGCUCCCAGUCCUGGCCGAACGUCUUCUUGUUAAACGUGGCCUUCUUCUGUCGCAGCCUUGGAUCCAGUUGUCACGUUGAGACUCCCACUAGAGCUGCUUCAGGCCUGAAAGGGGACAUCAUACACUACCUCUGGUCUCAGGAACCGGAUACAACAUUGUAAUCAAAGUCAUUUAAAGCUGUUUUAACACCAUUUUUAUGUGGAUGUGUAUGUUUAAGGAGUCGCUGUAGUCGUUCCCUUCUCAGCUCAACAACACUGUAAAAGGACGACAAAAUCCACAAAAAUGUAAUUUAAUUUAACAAAGAAUGUUGUUUAAAGUUGGAAUUUUACACAUGAAGAGUCUCCUGAUGUGAUACAGAUCAGAAGGCAGUUCAUAACUUUAAACACCAGUUUGAUCAUAUAAUAAGUAAUAUUUGUCAUAUUAAGGAUAAUAUCAGUAUUGUGUGUAAUUUGAGUCCAUCUCUCAGCCCUAAUUUAUUCAUGUAGUGAGUGUUUGAAGCAGAUUUUGUCUCUGUGGAGAAGUUAUUAAAUGUUGCUGGUAUCCAGCAAACUCAAUAAAAACAUUUCUCUCAUA